AGCCCCCCUAACUCCUCAACCCUCUCCUGAGGGUUCUCUCCCUGAUCUCUCCCUGCCCUGUGCAGGGAUUGAUCAGGAACUCUCAUCAGAAGACCUUCAUUUUCUCUCUUCUUCCAAUCGAAAUGGAAGAAGACAACACAACGAUUACUUGCUUCACCAUGUUGAAAAAGAAGGCUCCUGAUCGUCCAAAUGGCUUGCCUUUGCCCAAGAAGAAACGCAGCGCAUUUCAGGUCAUCAAAGCAGCCAUUUAUUUGCUGCAAAAUAAAUCAAGCAAGCACAAAUCCAAAUCCAUGAAUCUUGACGUUCCCUCCAAGGGUUCCUGGAAGGCAGUCCUGGGGUCGAUGCGCCCAAUGCACCUAAACAACAACGUCCAUUCCCCACCACCAGCUUUCCAGGACAAACGUAUCACUUUCUCGCCUGAGCACGAUCGACCUUCUUCUGAGGAAUUAUUCACGCCACCUUUCUCGCCAUUUCAGGAUACAGCAACCUCUUCCAGCUACUCCUCAUGUGGCGUGAGCCGGUACACGUCCGCAACCAAUCUUCAAGAGCUUCAAAACUCUGAGGAGAGCUCUGGUGACGAAAGUGAUCAGUGUGCACGUUAUGAUGACAAUGGAGACGAGAUGAUUGAUGCCAAGGCCGAGGAGUUCAUAAAUCAGUUUUAUCAACAAAUUAGGAUUCAAAAUCUGGAAAAUGCUGAUGAAGAUGAUCACCACACGUACCAUAAGGAAUAAAUAACUAAUAAAUUUCAUGUGUGUGCAUAUACGCAUGCAGAUGAAACGUUGGUUAUGUAUAUAUUAGCCGGGGGGCUCUCUUUCUUUUUCCUUUCUUUUCUAUGAUUAUUAUGUAAUUUCCUAUGAGUUAAAUUUUUUUGUCUUUUAGAGGGAAAAAGGUCGAUCGGGCUAUUUUUCGAGUACAAGGAUUACAAGGAGAAAAGGAAAAAGAAAGAAAAUAAAAACCAACAAAAAUUAAUAGGUGGUGUUAUGUCGUAUGUUUUCAGGAAUGUACAUAUUUCUUCUUUUCUUUUUCUCUUCUUUUCUUCUUCAUUUUUCUUUGGGUUAAUUUUUAGGGGCAGGCUUUAAUUAUAU